UGAAACCCGGUCCAUUUGAGUCCAACUUGUCCCACGGGCUCCCAGAUCUUCCAGUGCCAACAAUGCUCCGUUUCACCUCCUUUUUUGCCCCACUUUCAGCAUGUUUUGAAUCUCUGACAGGAAACUUUUUUCCACAUUUUUUAAUCGUUUUCGCAAAGACGCAGAGUCCACUUUUUCUUUGUGUCUUCCUUGCAUCCGUUUCAUUUUAAAGCUGACUAGUGGGAUGUGAGAACACUUUGUGUAUCAGUGUGUGUUUUUCCAAAACCGUUCAGGAACUACUUUUUUCCCCCCCUCCUCAAACAAAGAAGAAAUUGUACCAAGAUUAUUGUGGAGCAUGUCUCUUGCUCUGGUUUUGUUUGGAUUAUUUUUUCUCACUUUUUCAUCUGCCAGAGCAGAACCGGACCUGCAGGAUGAAGAGGAGGAGGAAGAGAGUUCUUGUCAAGGCGCUUUUGACCUCUAUUUUGUGCUUGAUAAGUCUGGCAGUGUGCAGAAUCACUGGGGUGAAAUCUACUACUUUGUCGAAAAUUUAGCUGAGAAAUUCAAAAGUCCCAUGCUUAGGAUGUCCUUCAUAACAUUCUCCUCAAGAGCAUCCACCAUCCUGAAACUCACCGAGAAAAGAGCGGACAUUCAAAAGGGGUUAAAUGCGCUUAAAAGAGAGACUCCAGGUGGAGACACGUUUAUGCACCUUGGACUGCAGAGGGCAAAUGAGCAGAUAUACCAGGAGAACUUUGGCAAAGCUAGUGUGAUUAUAGCACUGACAGACGGAGAACUCCAGGAACAACAACUUGUCUUCGCACAGCAAGAGGCCGAGCGCGCCAGAUCUCUUGGAGCCAUUGUGUAUUGUGUUGGCGUCAAAGACUUCAAUGAGACUCAGCUGGCGACCAUCGCAGACACCAUCGAACAUGUGUUUCCCGUUUUGGGAGGCUUCCACGCCCUCCGGGGUGUUAUCGAUUCGAUAAUAAAGAAGUCUUGCAUUGAGAUCUUGGCAGCUGAGCCCUCUAGUGUGUGUGCUGGAGAGACUUUCCAAGUCGUGGUGCGGGGCAACGGCUUCCUUCAUGCCAGGAACAUCAACCAGGUGCUGUGCAGCUUUAAAAUCAAUGACACUAUCACAAUCAAUGUGAAGCCUGCGGGGGUGGAAAACACCUUCUUGCUGUGUCCAGCUCCUGUCAUUGAUGAAGUUGGGAAGGUGAUUUAUCUUCAAGUGAGCAUGAACGACGGUCUGUCUUUCAUCAGCAGUAAUGUGCACAUCACCACCACAGAAUGUUUUGACGGCACCAUUCUUCUCAUCACCUUGCUGGUGUUGUUUCUCUUACUGGCCCUGCUGCUCAUGUGGUGGUUCUGGCCUCUCUGCUGCACUGUGGUGAUCAAAGAGCCUCCUCCUCCACCACCUCCUGAGCCAGAGUCAGAUGAUGAGGAUGGUUUGCCAAAGAAGAAGUGGCCCACUGUGGAUGCCUCAUAUUAUGGAGGAAGAGGAAUUGGAGGGAUCAAGAGGAUGGAGGUGCGUUGGGGUGGAAAGGGCUCCACCGAGGAGGGGGCAAAGCUGGAGAAGCCGAAAAAUGCAGUGGUGAAAAUGCCGGAACAGGAAUACGAACCCUUUGAGCCGAAACCCAAGAAAUCUCCCAAGAAGCCGCCUCAGAACCGAAAGUGGUACACACCCAUCCGGGGUAAACUGGAUGCUAUCUGGGCGCUGUUCCGUCGCGGGUAUGACCAAGUCUCUUUGAUGAGGCCCCAACCUGGAGAUCAUGGUCGGUGCAUCAACUUCACAAGAGUGAAAGAGGGUUCGCAACCGGCCAGGUCGGCACCACGCACCCCAAUCCACACGCCUUCACAGCCGCCACCCAACAACCGCCACAUCCCAGAGUCCCCCACCGCCACAGGCCCUCCAUCCAGAGCACCGCCCGUGGUCCAGCUACCACCAGGACCCCCGCCGUCCCGAAUGCCCCCCGGGCUUCCCUGCCCACCGCCGUCGCGUCCACCGCCCAGCCUGCGACAAUAAAUGAUCCAGAUAACAUCCCCCACACCUUCCCUUGGCCCCAUCAGUCUCAUGGACCCACUUUGACUUCACUGACUGACCACUCUGUUGACCAGCUUCAUCAGUCUGAAGUCAGUCCUCCAACCUCGGAUUCUUCUGCUAUUCACCAGCGUGCUCAAUUAUUGAUACUUUUCGUAUCUUUGUAUGGGAAAGACAGUCAAGAAUUUUUCACAAAUUACGCUGAAUGUUUUGCAUACGAUUUGAUGUUUGCCAAACACUUUAUUUAACUUGACGUUCUAUCUCAUACAAAGUGAACGGGGUGACGCAGAGACGUUGCAGGACAGCAAAAUCUUUUGGGACCAAAGUCAACAAAAGCAAUAAAUACGAUUUAGUGGAUGUUUUUUCUUUUUUAAAUCAACUACUGAGUUUUGCCUUUGCCAUCAAGAAUAAACGUGAAUAGCGUUUAGAAUCAGUCCCCCCCCCCAGAUCGAUUGGGUUGAGUUCCAGAGAUGAUUAGCAAAAUGUUGGUGCUAUUUUUUGUCAGCAUGUUAUAUUUGUGUUCGGCGACAAUGCUAAACCAGCAAUUUAUCAAUUCAGGAAAAGUCCUUUUAAAACCAAUGCAUUUUUGUAAUAUGCGAUGACAGGGAACUGUACAGAAGGAUUUCUUUUUUUAAAAGGUGUUUUUACAUUAUAUUUUCACAUGUUUUUGUUGUUGUUCUCUUUGAGGCUUUGGAUUUUGUCCCAAUACCAUAGGGUUUGAUUUACAAGACAGCAAUAUGUAAUUUUUUUUGGCUACUUUUGUUACGUUAUUUUAUAUCUGCGCACAUACACUGCUGGAACAUAGUAUGCCGUUUUUGUAAGCAUAUAUGGAAUUGAAAACUCAUCACUUCAAGCUGCCAUAAAUCAGGUUAACGGCUCUCCUCAUUUUUUUUUUUUCUGACUCAGUCCUGGAUUCUCUACUUUUGUAUUAUGUUUUGUCUACAGUUUUUUUUUGUUUUGUUUUAUCAACGGUCACAUUGCAACUGCGGGGCAGUUCACAGAGCAUCUUAAUUUAUUUCCCGACAGAAAUAGAGGAGAGCACAGUACUUGAAUAAUCGACAAGGUGUCCAACCACCGACAUGAACAGUCUACAACCAGCUUGCCAGUCCGACGAAGCCCACCAGUUUUUUACUAAUCACCUCUGCAUGUUCAAACAGAUCCUUAUCAUAUUUGAAUCAGGUAAAAAGUGCACUCACAGGCCACGACAUUUGUCCUUAUUUGAUUCAACGUAUUGGAUCUCAUUAUGAUGUUGUACCUAAUGGAGUGUCCCGUGAGUGUAUUAUGGAAAUAUUUUGGCAUCAAGGUAUUUAAGAGGGGUUGAAAAAAUAAAAGGUGGUAUUCCUUUGUAAUGCAGUGCCAUAUGGAUUUUUAUUUUCUUCAUUGUUAUUUGUUUUUGUCUUUUUUUAUGUACUUCAUUUAGUUAUGCCAUGUAACAGUGGUGCUGAAAAAUAUGAAAUUAGAAAUCAAUCGUCGCUUUAAAUGUCUUGGCUGAAGCACGUUAUGCCUUUUUCAUUGCUAUUUUCCCCACCCAAAAUUACAAGUAUUUUUGAUCAAAAUGCCUUAUUAAAGAACGUUUAUCACUUUACUAAUUACCAAAAAAAUCCUUCAUGGACUAUAUUAAAAAACUCUUGUCUUGUGUGUAAUCAUUGUUAUCUUGAAGGUGAUUUAGAAUGCACUUGAUGAAUUUGUAAAUGUAAAAAAAAAUAAAUAGAUACAUUUACAUUUGUAGCCAUCUCCCUUAGUUGAUGGGAUUCAAACUCUGAGUGCCUGAGGAGAACAAUUCCAGUGCUUCCAUAACAUUCCUUAGAGACCUGUUAUGCUAAUCAGUGUUUUUUACAUGUGCAGUAUAAAAAAAGCAGUACUGAAGCAAAUAUGAAAGCCUUAUAUGAUUUCUUUACUGGUUUGAUCUUUUGAAUUUGUAUCAAUAAAGGUUGA